GCCAGCUGCCCGGCAGUUGAUUUUUGUGCAGCGGACGAAAAUGAUGUUUAUUGCAGUAGUACCUAGCCUGCUGUUGGCAUUUUGCUGCCUCUGGGAGGCAGUAUACACUUGCGCCAGCAUUGAGCAGCGUUACAAGUUCCCAAACAGCAAUAUCUAUGUGCGAUUGAGGCGCGGUGAUAAGUUGCAGUUUGAGCUGAUGAAGGGCGAGAAGAGCCUGCAAACAGUGACCUUCGACAACUUUGAGAGCAGUGCCAAUUUGGUGGAAACCAGCAGUGGUGGCUACACUUUAACCGAUGGCACCAACACAAUAGAGUUCACACUGGUUAAAAACGCCGUUGUUUCCGGCACAGGCAGUGAGAUCACCCAUGUGAAAGUGUCCCGAGAUCAGGUGCUGCAGGGAAGCCAGCCCAGGGAUUGUUUCCCCCUCAAAACCGGCUCCACUCACUGGUUCAGUGGUCCGGAGCAAAAGCAGCACUAUUGGCCUGUGGAGCGGCAAAGGCACAGCAACUACUCCUAUUUGCCCAAGGAGCUGGACAACUUUGGAGUGGGUGAACGCUAUUGGCUGAACGGCGAUGGCGUUUUCCUUUAUGUGGAAAGCAAUACGCCGCUGUUUAUUGAUCAAAAUACGGCGGACUAUCCGGAUCAGUUGUGUCUGAGUGCCACCAGUGCACUGCCCUAUGAUCCCCGGGUCACGUCUGCCAAAUUUGUGUACCACAUUGCUGUGGCCAAGGAUGCCAAGGCAGCUCACAAAUAUGCCGUGAAGACUUUCCAUGGACAACCCACCGGCCAUCCCGAUGAGCGAAUGGUCAUGCAUCCCGUUUGGUCCACUUGGGCCCUCUACAAAGCGGAGGUUUCCGAUGAUGUGGUCCGUGACUUUGCCAAGCAGAUCCUGGACAAUGGCUUCAACAACAGCCAGCUGGAAAUCGAUGAUGAUUGGGAGGAUUGCUAUGGGGCCAUGACAUUCAGGAAGAACAAGUUCCCCGAUAGCAAAACCUUGACGGAUGACCUCAAGGCUUUGGGUUUCCGUGUGACCCUGUGGAUUCAUCCAUUCAUCAACAACAACUGCACGGCUAUUUACGAGGAGGCCAAGUCCCUGGGCUACUUGGUGCUGGAUCACGAGGGAAGUUCCGAUACCCAGUGGUGGAACAGCAAGCCCAAGGAUGCGGCCAUUCUGGAUUUCACCAAGCCGGAGGUUCAGGCCUGGUUCAGCAAGCGUUUGAAGCGACUGCAGGAUGAGGAUGGCAUCGAUAGCUUCAAGUUUGAUGCCGGAGAGACCAGUUGGCUGCCCAGUGACCCGGUGCUGCAAGCCAGCAGUUCCAUGGUGACUCCGCUCCAGGCGGUGGGCGACUAUGUGCGAACUGUGGCUGCUUUUGGAGAUAUGGUCGAGGUGCGUUCGGCCCAGAAUACCCAGGAUCAGCCUAUCUUUGUGCGCAUCGUGGACAAGGAUUCGGAGUGGGGCUGGAACAAUGGCCUGCUCACGCUGAUCUCUUCGAUGCUGCAAAUGAACCUCAAUGGUUAUCCCUUCGUGCUGCCUGAUAUGAUUGGCGGUAAUGGCUACUACGAGAAGCCACCAACUAAGGAGCUUUUCCUGCGCUGGUUGCAGGCCAAUGUCUUCAUGCCCGCCCUGCAGUUCUCCUUUGUGCCCUGGAACUUUGACGCCGAGGCCAUUGAGAUCAGCAAGAGCUUCACCGCCCUCCAUGCUAAGUACACGCCCUACAUCAUGAAGCUCUUCAAGCGAGCCGUGGAUUCGGGAGAGCCUGUGAAUGCCCCACUCUGGUGGAUCGCCCCCACCGAUGAGGUGGCGCAGUCCAUCUACGAUGAAUUCCUACUGGGCGACGACAUUAUCGCUGCUCCCAUUGUGGUUGAGGGAGCCACCAAGCGGGACAUUUACCUGCCGGAGGGCGAGUGGAAGGAUGGCAAUAGCGACCAGACGUACAGUGGACCCACCUGGGUGAUGGACUACGCCGCUCCCUUGAACACACUGCCCUACUUUGUGCGUGUGGGAUUCCAGCUGGAGUAAAGCAAUUUUGGCUCUCUAACAUUUAAAUAUUUUUCUCCAAAAAAAAAGCGAACAAAACUUUAUAGAAGAAAA